GCUACUAGUAGGACAUGGCUAAAGAUACAGUCAAACACUAACACACAUUAGUUUUUGACCGGACCCAUGACAGCUCCAUGGUUACAAGACAUGAUGGCAACUACGAGCAAGGAGCUUCCCCGUAAAAAGUUUGCGGCGGUCGCCGAAGUGGUGUACUGCGCUCGCAUAGAUGAUGACUCGCCGAUGCCAACGACUGGUUGUGUGGGCACGGCGAAGACGCCAGGUGCGUUCCCGGCAACGUGGCCGCAGCAAACCACCACUGGGAUGAAGUCCUCUAGUUCGUCUUCAUCAAGCAGCUCUUCGUCUAACGCCGCCAGAGCUACUGCUCAAGGGCGUAAGACUAACUGGCUUCCAGCGUCAAAAGCCAAGUCAUCUGUGUUUGUCCGCCAGGCCGCGGGAAGAGUGGGCCCAGGAGCAGGCGGCGCAGCGAAAGAACGCACUAGAACGCUCUUGACCUCGCCGUCGGCGCGAAAUUCUACCGUGGCAUCGACCUUCGCCGGACGCACCUUCAACUCACGCUUGGCAGAAGCAGCUCAGGAAGCCUCGCCGCCAGUGCUGAUAUCCUCCACCACAACAACGUCCACUCGAGAAAGCACUCCAGAGUCGGGGCCACAGCAGGCCAGCGAGGUGAAAUUUGCAGGGACAAAAGCGAAAGAAGGUCAUAAUGCGCAGACGAGCAUAGAGUUAGAGAUAGAGGCAGUUUCAUCUGUGGCGAAUGGAUGUUCGGCGACAGAGAGGCCGCAAGAGGUGGAGGCGGUCGUGGGAGACGCAUCGAAACAGGCAAACGCGGCGACAACGCUCCCGAGCCAACACCCGCAGACGGAUGAAAUUUGCAAUGCCGGCGGAGCUGCGGGAAAAGUGGCACAACCGCAGAGCCAUGCUUGCCCUUCCCGUCCGCCAUUUCCAUACAGCAGCAAUUUCAGUGGCAGCACCUACCACAACGUAUCAGGAGGUGGAUAUGCAGCGUCUGCAGGUGCAGACUACGCUGGUAAAACCAUCCCGACGAGUGCAAUGCUGCCACAAGAAGUACGAUCCGGGUACGACCAUAUGGUCAACGCUGGUGCGCCCUCUCUAUCAGCACCAUGCUGGCAGAACGCGGGUCAGCAGCUGCACAGUUACGGUCACUACAAUGACGGCGGCAUAGCUGCUCCUGCCGCUGUAUUGUCAGAAAAUAACUGCUUCGACUUUGAAGAUUUUCCGUCCGUUGCCCAUCACGAAUCGGAAGACCAGCACCUUCUACGCAUGUUGGAAAUAUCUGCGGAAAAACGAAACCUGUUGAAAGUUGGCUUCGAUAAAAUCCAGAGCGUGGCGCAUGAAACGUAUGAGAUAUUUUGCUUUAGCUUUUGAAAAUGGUCUUGUAUGUAAGCAUGUUAUUUAUGUUGAUGGUGCUACUGCAGAUUUGCUUAUUUUCUUCAUGCGAUUGUGAAGCACAGCCACAGGGGGCUCUCGCUUGUUCCUUGAAAAGCACACUCAUGUAUGCUGUAACGAACCAAACAUCCGCAAAUCAUGAAUAAAACCGACCUAACAGGCUCCCCCACCUCUUCGCGGCCCAGAAAGAUACCACCUGCCCACCGCCGUCCUUCGCUGUCAUUCCCUAUGGCAGUGCCAUAACGGGCUGCAUGCUUGAAUUCGGUUCCGAUUUGGACGUCGGGAUUCGGAUUUACAACUACAACCCCGCUCCUUGCAACUCGACCACGUCAGGAACUGGAACGGCAAAUGAGUGCCUCGAUCCACCCAGGUCUGGACCACACCGCAGCCAGCAUCUUCAGAACUGCUCACGAGCGACUACGAGGGGGUCUAGUUCGAAUCCCAACGACGUCAACCACACCCCGCCCUCUGAUCCCAAACUGGACUUGCUUCGGCAGUUGAUUCCGCGGCUGCGGCAGAUUGGCUUCACGAACAUCGACCUCAUCGCCACCGCGAGGGUGCCGGUUUUGCGCUGUGAGCUGAAUGCUUACGGGAUGGGAAUGAACGGCAAUCCUGCAGCGAAUGGUGGAGCGGCGUCCAAUUUCUCCUCCUGUGCUACAGCUGCUGGAACGAAUGGAAUGACGGUCGACCUGUUUCAAAACUACGUCAACAGCCAGGAGCAUGCGGAGUUCGACAUCUCAAUUCACACGGACAGCUACGUGUACCGGAAUUCGUUGCUCAUGCGCGAAUUACUGCAUAGCUUUCCAUCGGCACCUGCAGGAGGACCCGCAAAUACCACGACCCCUGCUGGCGCGGGUGAAGAGGACGAGAUUGGCAGCUACGCGACCGUGAUGUUGGAGCAACAGCGUAGCAGAGCAUUCCGCUUCUCUUCCUUUGCUAGCGAAUCAAACAGUGGAGCAGCUGCCCCAGUAACUACGAUGGCCGAUCGCAGGCAUUCUUCCUUUUUCUUCUCCGAACAGGAACACGGUUCUUGCAACGGUGCGACCUAUUAUUUGAACAGUUUUGACCAGCAGCGCAGCCGCGCGGCUUCCAGGAAUUCGAACUACAACGAAGGAGCCGAUGUCCAGAAUCACAACUACCGCCCCCCGCGGAGCAGCCGCGUGUCCGUCUGUUCUGCAGCCACAACUACGACCAACUUUCAACACACAAACGACAGAAUGAGCAGUGGCACCGCGGGGGCUAUUUCGACGCGCAACGCCUCGAGUCCAGAGUCCCACUGCUUGCGGAUUUGGGCGACGUUUUUGUCACCAGGGCAUGGAUGUUCUGGACCGGCUGGUGGAACUACUUUGGUAGCCGGCACCGUCGAUCAUGUGCAAUACCCGAGUUGUAGUCAGUAUCAGCCCGGAGCAGGAGGACAUUGUCAGUCCUUUCGGACGUUCGCCCAGCAAACUAGCUCAGCCAUGGGUCCGUUGCAGUACACAACCUCUAGUACUCGCAAGUUCCAACUCGCGCUCGUACUGAAGCAAUGGGCGAAAUUCGCAAACUUGAACCCCAACCGGCCCGAUGUGCCCCACUACGUCAAGUGCAAGCAGAACUACUGCCAGAGGAUGGAAAAACCGUUUCUCUACCUAAACAACUACUGCCUGAUGCUGAUGAUGCUUUUCUACUUUGAGCAGCGCGAACAGAAGCUGCAGGACUUUUACAACGCCGCGCAGAUGCAAAACUUCUACUACUACCAGCAGUGGUGGCACGGGCUGGAUUUGCCGGCCUUGUUUCUGGACUUCGGACGGUUUUGGCUGCACGAAUUUGACCCGGAGACCCAGCUGGUGUCGUUGGACAGCACGGUCGCACUGUUGAAAGAGCAGCAAGAUCAUCGAACAAAUGGUCACAGCAGCAAUUAUCGCUGCGGAGGGAACCACGAUCUGUACAACAGCAGAAACAAGUUUUUCCAGCGCACCGAUGCGCCGGCACAUCUGUGUCUCGCCAUCAAGGACCCGGUACAGCGAAAUUUGUUUCGCGGAUUGGGAAACGAACAGUACCAGCUGUUUCUCAACCGACUGCACGAGGCGCGGUGUGUGGCAACGUGUCCAACGGUUUCACCGCACUACGGAUUGGCCCUGUGUUUGGGAAUCGCAGGGAAAAUGCUGUAUCAGUACUAGAACUUCGAUAUGUAUGAAUAUCUUCGAUUAUGAUACCGGGCUGCUGCUGUACCUAAUCAGCGUGGUACUGUAGUACUAGAAUGGGGUCGAAAAUUUCUGAUUUUUACCGUAUCCGGACCGGCGCAUCUUCAAUCCUGUUCGGGUUUCUUGCUUGAAUUUUUCUACUGUUUCUUUCGCACUUUCUCUACUUUUUUAGUUCUCGUUCUUUUCAGGUUUCGGCAUUUCUUUGCGUUUCGGACGCGGGUUUCUUUUGUUGUUUGGGCUGCUUGUUGGUCAGCCCGCUGCAGUACAAAUUCCUACAGGUGAGCUCGACUAAGAAGAAAACGAAACAGACAGCAGGCGGCUUUGGUUUUCGCUUGAUUUGUUUGCGUCAAUCGUGUAUUUGCGAUUUUUCGUGUAGCACUUCGCAGUAGAAGUCGUGCUGCGUGUCGCGUUCCACGAGACCUUCGGAAUAAAAAGCGACGCAGUUUUGUUGAGAUAUGAACAAGGAAAACCUCGUCUCGCUUGUUACGUCGCCUGUAAAAUUUUGAGUUUCUGAUUCACUUUUAUUUUUGUUUUCUAAAUACUAGUUUUCUUCCAAAAGGCGUCCUACGCGCUAUCAUCUUGUACGUAAUAUUUUUUUGUGUGCCUAAAAUAAGAUAGAGCUAUCAUCAACACCUGUACUUUACAGAUUGGAAAAUACAAAUAGGUGCGGCUGGCACGGUUCAUGCAGGCCGCAAAUAACGUUGCGGCAUUCUAUGAGUUCUUCAUAUGAAAAGAAUCACUUUGACGGUUAGGCUUAGGAUAAAGCGAAGUCUUUUUUUUUCAAGUUUCUCAGGAGCAUUCCGUUUGUGUCUCCCAAACUGUAUCUGUCGACAAUUUUCAUCAUGAAUAGAAGAAAGACCUACAACGAAAACCCUCUUGCCGCUCCUUCGGCUGCUCGAAGCAGGGCAAAAAUUGAAGCGCAACUAAGCAACAAUUCUUGGUAUUGAACGAGACGGAUGUGCUCCUUGAGUUUUUGAGUCUCACAGUAAUGCUUUGUCGUUCACAAGCAGCAGC